CCUCACUCACUAGCCGAGCCACUCGUCGGCCCCCCCGCAUAGAUGCCCGCGUCCACGGCCGCGCCGCCUUUCGCGGCGGCGGCGGCGGGCGAGGGGCCCGGGGCCCUCCUCCUCGCCCCCUUCCUGCAGCAGCCGCUCUUCAUCCACGGCGUGGGCGCCGGGGCCCACGUCGUCCUCGCGCUCGCCGUCGCGGGGCGCCUGCUCCUCCGCCGCUGCGCCGGCGGCCGCGCCGGCGCCAAGGACGGGGACGGCGCCUCCCCGCGCCCCGCCGCGUCCCGCUGCUACGGCGUCGCGGCCUGCGCCACGUGGGCGCUGGCGGCGUUCCACUCCCUGCUCGCGGCGUACGCGUGCUACCUGGGCGCGGGCGCCGGCUGGUCGCGCGACGCCGCGGCCGAGCUGGCGGACGCCGCCGCGCGCGCUGUGGCGUGGCUGCUGCUGGCCGCGUACAUCCAGUUCGGGUCCGGGCGGCGGCGCGGGGAGCGGUUCCCCCCGGCGCCGCUCAGGCUCUGGUGGGCGCUCUUCCUGCUGCUCUCCGUGCUCGCCGCCGCCGCCCACGUGGCGACGAGCCUCGGCGGGCUCCCCGUGCCCGCGCGCUCGUGGGCGCUCGACGCCGUCUCGGUCGUCGCGGCCGCGGUUCUGCUCUGCGCCGGGUUCUUAGGCGGGCGGGUGGCGGGCGGCUCUGCGGCCGAGGAGCCUCUGCUGAACGGCGCGCAUGGGGCGGCGGUCGGGAGCGGCCGCAGCGCCGCGGAGGCGUCCAAGUUCACCGGCGCUGGCUUCCUCAGCAUGCUCACCUUCUCGUGGAUAGGGCCCCUGCUCGCCGUCGGCCACAAGAAGACGCUCGGCUUUGACGACGUGCCGGGGCUCGACCCCGGCGACAGCGUCGCCGGCCUGCUCCCGACGUUCGAGGCCAACCUCGAGGCGGUCGCCGGCGACGUCUCUGGCUCCCGCCGGAAGGCCGUCACGGCGUUCAAACUCACCAAGGCCCUAGUGCGCACCGUGUGGUGGCACGUCGCUGUGACCGCGUUCUACGCGCUGGUCUACAACGUCUCCACCUACGUUGGCCCGUACCUCAUCGACUCCCUGGUGCAGUACCUCAACGGCGACGAGAGGUACGCGAGCAAGGGGCAGCUCCUCGUCCUCGCCUUCAUCGUCGCCAAGGUGUUCGAGUGCCUGUCGCAGCGCCACUGGUUCUUCCGGCUGCAGCAGGCCGGGAUACGCGCGCGGUCCGCGCUUGUCGCCGUCGUGUACCAGAAGGGGCUCGCGCUGUCAAGCCAGUCGAGGCAGAGCCGCACCAGCGGCGAGAUGAUCAACAUCAUCAGCGUCGACGCCGACCGCGUGGGGAUCUUCUCAUGGUACAUGCACGACCUCUGGCUGGUACCCUUGCAAGUCGGCAUGGCGCUGUUCAUCCUGUACUCCACCCUCGGGCUCGCUUCGCUCGCCGCGCUCGGCGCCACCGUGGUCGUCAUGCUUGCCAAUGUGCCUCCGGGGCAAAUGCAGGAGAAGUUCCAGCAGAAGCUGAUGGACUGCAAGGAUGUCAGGAUGAAGGCAACGUCCGAGAUCCUGCGCAACAUGCGGAUUCUGAAGCUGCAAGGGUGGGAGAUGAAGUUCUUGUCCAAGAUCAUUGAGCUGAGGAAGACAGAAACAAAUUGGCUGAAGAAAUACCUCUACACAUCGACUUUGGUCACCUUCGUGUUCUGGGGAGCUCCUACCUUUGUUGCUGUGGUGACUUUUGGGGCUUGCAUGCUCAUGGGGAUCCCAUUGGAGUCUGGGAAAGUGCUAUCUGCACUGGCCACAUUCCGCGUGCUGCAGGAACCAAUAUACAACCUUCCUGACACGAUUUCAAUGGUGAUUCAGACCAAGGUAUCUCUUGACAGGAUAGCAUCCUUCCUAUGUCUGGAGGAGCUGCCCACUGAUGCUGUGCAGAGGCUGCCAAGUGGGAGCUCAGAUGUUGCAAUUGAGGUCAGGAACGGGUGCUUCUCCUGGGAGGCCUCACCACAAUUGCUGACGCUGAAGGACCUGAAUUUCCAAGCUCGGCAAGGCAUGCGCGUUGCAGUUUGUGGGACGGUUGGUUCCGGCAAAUCGAGCUUGCUAUCUUGCAUUCUUGGCGAGCUUCCAAAGUUAUCGGGAGAGGUUAAGAUUUGUGGGACGACUGCAUAUGUCAGCCAGUCAGCAUGGAUACAGAGCGGCAAAAUACAGGACAACAUACUGUUUGGCAUGGAGAUGGAUAAUGAGAAGUAUGAAAGGGUCCUUGAGUCCUGCUCACUUAAGAAAGACUUGGAAAUUUUGCCAUUUGGUGACCAGACUGUCAUCGGAGAGCGAGGCAUCAACCUUAGUGGUGGGCAGAAGCAAAGGGUUCAGAUAGCCCGAGCCUUGUAUCAGGAAGCAGACAUCUAUUUGUUUGAUGAUCCAUUCAGUGCAGUUGAUGCUCAUACAGGAUCCCACCUUUUCAAGGAAUGCUUGCUUGGGGCUUUGGCUUCAAAAACAGUAGUUUAUGUUACGCAUCAGAUUGAAUUUCUACCAGCUGCUGAUCUCAUUCUGGUCAUGAAAGAUGGGAGAAUAGCACAAGCAGGCAAAUACAAUGAUAUACUUGGUUCAGGGGAAGAAUUCAUGGAGCUGGUUGGUGCUCACAAGGAUGCUCUGAUGGCAUUGGAUGAGAUUGAUGCUGCGGAUGGAAGCAAUGAGACCUCCCCUUCCAGAGGCACAGCAAAGCUGACCAAAUCACUAUCAUCUGCCGAGAAGAAAGAUAAACAGGAUGAAGGGGACAAUCAGAGUGGACAGCUGGUGCAGGAAGAAGAAAGGGAGAAAGGCAAAGUUGGAUUUUGGGUCUACUGGAAGUACCUUACCUUAGCCUAUAAGGGAGCUCUUGUGCCAUUAGUGUUGCUUGCGCAGAUUCUUUUCCAAGUACUUCAAAUUGGGAGCAAUUACUGGAUGGCAUGGGCUGCUCCCGUUUCAAAGGACGUUGAGCCUCCAGUGAGCAUGUCAACACUGAUAUAUGUCUAUAUCGCUUUGGCCGUUGGAAGCUCAUUCUGCGUCCUCUUAAGAGCACUGUUUCUUGUAACGGCUUCAUACAAGACAGCAACUCUGUUAUUCAACAAGAUGCACAUGUCCAUAUUUAGAGCUCCUAUGUCAUUCUUUGAUUCCACUCCAAGUGGGCGCAUCUUGAAUAGAGCUUCAACUGAUCAAAGCGAAGUGGACACCAGCAUCGCUUACCAGAUGGGCUCUGUUGCAUUUGCUAUCAUACAACUUGUUGGAAUUAUUGCUGUGAUGUCUCAGGUUGCAUGGCAGGUCUUUGUUGUUUUCAUUCCUGUAGUUGCAGCGUGUUUCUGGUAUCAGAGAUACUACAUUGAUACAGCCAGGGAGCUGCAAAGGCUAGUAGGUGUUUGCAAAGCUCCUAUCAUACAGCAUUUUGCAGAAUCGAUAACAGGAUCGACUACCAUCAGAAGUUUCGGCAAGGAAAAUCAGUUUGUAUCAGCAAAUAGCCAUCUAAUGGAUGCCUACUCUCGACCGAAAUUCUACAAUGCUGGAGCGAUGGAGUGGCUUUGCUUUCGCCUGGAUGUGCUGUCAUCUCUUACAUUUGCCUUCUCUUUGAUAUUUUUGAUCAAUCUGCCACCCGGUAUCAUCGAUCCAGGGAUUGCUGGUCUUGCAGUCACAUAUGGGCUUAAUCUGAACAUGCUCCAAGCAUGGGUUGUCUGGAGCAUGUGCAAUUUGGAGAAUAAGAUUAUAUCAGUAGAGAGAAUUCUGCAAUAUAUGAGCAUUCGUGAAGAGCCCCCGCUUUCCAUGUCAGAAGAUAAGCUGGCUCAUGACUGGCCAUCUCAAGGAGAAAUUCAGCUCCAUGACCUCCAUGUGAAAUAUGCCCCACAGCUGCCAUUUGUUCUGAAGGGACUUACAGUCACAUUUCCUGGAGGCCUGAAAACUGGUAUUGUUGGAAGAACAGGAAGUGGCAAAUCAACCCUCAUACAGGCCCUUUUCCGUAUUGUGGACCCAACUAUCGGCCAGAUACUAAUAGAUGGCGUCGACAUUUGCACCAUUGGUCUGCAUGAUCUGAGAUCUAGAUUGAGCAUCAUUCCUCAAGAACCAACCAUGUUUGAGGGUACUGUAAGAAGCAACCUUGACCCUCUUGGGGAAUACACUGACAAUCAAAUCUGGGAGGCCUUGGAUUGCUGUCAGCUAGGUGAUGAGGUUAGGAAGAAGGAGCUGAAGCUUGACUCACCAGUGAUAGAGAACGGCGAGAACUGGAGCGUGGGUCAGCGUCAGCUCGUGUGCCUUGGUAGGGUAAUCCUGAAACGGGGCAAGAUCCUCGUCCUGGACGAAGCCACCGCCUCGGUGGACACCGCAACGGACAACCUGAUCCAGAAGACGCUCCGGCAGCAGUUCUCCGAGGCGACGGUCAUCACGAUCGCGCACAGGAUCACGUCCGUCCUCGACAGCGACAUGGUCCUGCUCCUCGACAACGGUGUGGCCGUGGAGCGCGACACGCCGGCCAGGCUGCUGGAGGACAAGUCGUCGCUCUUCUCAAAGCUCGUCGCGGAAUACACGAUGAGAUCGACGCACGCGUAGCCGCCGGCAGCAAGCGAGGAUAAAGGCUUCGUGCCGCUGUCCUCCACGCCGUUGAGGGGUGGCAGGCAGGGCUGGCUGACUCGUCGACCAUGCCGGCGGAUUGUUACUGGUCGCCGGCCAGGUAGGCAGGCUGACUCGUCGAUGAUGCCGAAAAAAUCUAAUACCGAUCGCGUUAGUGCUAAUGCGGAUUUAGCGCCAACCUAAUUGCUGUGAAGUUGAGGGUUUAUGAAGGGUGAGGUGAGGUGGCUAGAAAGGGGAUGGAAGUAGUAGUGUUCAUGUCUGAGCAAGCUAGCACAGUUUUUUUUUUCUCUGAACAUUAGAGAAAGAACCGAGCCCAGGAUAAUCAUGUGCUCUGACCACGGACUACACAGGCCGGGAACGUUUCAGAGAUUAUUGUAAUCCGAUAUUUUGAUGGUCGAAUAAAAUAGGGAGGCGUCUGCAGGUUGGUGAAGGACCCACCCUGUUCUGCUUCAGCA